AAGACCGGAAGCACCGCUGCAUCUUUCCUCCUGCAAAUUUAUUACAUGAUUACUCUGUCAGUAUGAGGAGCUCGUACAGUGCCAGAGCAGCUGUUUCUGCCUCCAGCGAACAGAAAAUACGAAUCUCCAAACGAGAGCUAGAACAGUUGGUUGAAGAGGAGGUUGCCUGUGCAAUUAAAAAGGAGGAGAGCAAUCUGGAUGCCCUGAUAAAAAAUAUUCAGCAACAGCUGGGCGAGGGCCUGAACUAUGAAGCUUCAAUCAAAACGCUGCAGGUCCGGAUGAUGGCAGUAACUCAGAGAGCAGAAGAGGCUCUUGCACAUAUAGCACAGAAUCCAACACUUUCUCUUGGUGAUACCAGCAUGAUCCAGUCACAAACUGUCAAGACAGAGAAAAUAGAAAAAACAGAGUUGCUGGACCCAGACAAUGUGACAGUGUCAAGUGUCUCUGAGUUUAUGGAAAAGACAACGAAAAACUUUGAGCGCCUUCAUGCAGAUAAUGCAGCUUUGAAAGCAGCCUUUGAAGAUAUUAAAGAGCGGACAACUCCAUCUCCUAAAAUCAAUGUGUUUGAGGGAUUGGCAAAGCUUAUACAUAUCAAAAAGGAACCAGCAGAGCAUUCAGAAGACCCCAACUCUUCACUCAAAGCAAUAAAGAGAAUAAAGGAGGAACCCUGCUCUGCUGAAGUGAACAGGCAACCCAAGAGGAUCAAGUCUGAGCCGGAGGAGGUGCCAUACCCUCCUUUACCUCCGCUCCCCUUCCCCUAUUCCAUACCUCUAGAGGCCGCGAAAUACAACAUGCCCCCCAGAGUAAAGGUGGAUUUUGCCAUGAUCAAAAACCCCUCCCCUCAGCUGUCUCUGGUCUGGAGCCAAGAGCAGGACGAGCCCAAUAACUCGCUCAUGGACACGUACAGUAUAUACAUCACUACAGAAGUGUCUCCUGGCACUGGUGUGUUCGACGUGUGGCAGAAGCUAGUAGAGCUUACAGCGGAGCCCCUCCCCAUGUUCUACACAUACGUCAAGUUCAAGCCUGGACACAAGAUCUGUGUGUCUGUGGUCGGCAAAGAUACGUUCGGGCGCUAUGGCCCUCACAGCAAAGUGACCUGUGCAAAUUUAUGAUGAUAACAAAUAUUAAAUGCGCUCUAAUUGGAUACCUCAGAAUGUUAUAAUUAUAUGACCUUUAUUUUUUUAUGACUAAAAAUGUUUUUAGUAUAUGGGUUAUGGAAAGAGGAACUGAAUAUGUCACCUAAUAUUGUUUACAAACUGUUUUACUAUUCUACAAUUACAGUAUUUCUAAACUAUAAAUAGACAGAGAAAUAAAUUUUAAAAUGAAUUUUUGAAACACACUAGCUGCCAUGUUCCAAACAGAAAGUGAACAUGGGCACGCUUUUGGCUCCAACUGACUUACAUAGAAAUGCUGUGGUCCUUCUCUCUGUAUCUGCUCCGGUGAGGCUUGGCAUUUUGUUUUUAACCUGUUUUACUUGAUCCUGGUGUUUCUAUUUAUCUCUUUUGUCAGUUAUAUUCCUGUUUCUAAUCUGGAGCCUGGUUCAGCAUCGUGAGCUUCAUUUGACUGAAGCCAAACGCUAUGGGUGACGUCACACUCUUUUAGUUCACUUCUUUGUACUUAUGUCUGUGGUGGGUAAAGUUGUAUGAGUAUGUUGAGUGUGCCACCCAACCAGGAGGAUUGCACUGGACAUUGCCAUGGAUUUUUUACUCCAAAACUCAAUCUGCAUGGGUGGAUUUGCACUUUUUAGUAUGAAAUAACUGUAUCACAACUGUCUCAACAAGUUUUGUUUUUUUUUCUUUCUUUUAUAGUUUUUAUUGCUUGGUGUAAACAAUGUAUUAAAUAUAUCUUGGUGGAAAUAUGUUUUCUAAAAUAAAAAAUAAAGUAGUAUUUAGUUUAUGGUUUUAAGUUGA